CCUUCUUCUCCAGGUCAUCGGACAUAUUACGCUUUUGUCUCCCGUUGUGUGUGGGGUCUUUCCCUUUGCCGUGCCGGCAAUUUAAGGCAUCAGUACGAAAAGGAAUCUUAUGCCGGAGAUCGAUUGCACUGGCACAGAUCACGCUACGCAGCGUCAAUCUUGCAGCAAUUUGAGGGGAACUCUAGCUCCGACACUCGCAAUCAAAGGUGAAUCUUGUUGGAAGUGUUAGCUUUGAUCGGAUCUCGAUUCGGGAAGUGAAACAUGGCGGAGUUCCAAAUCAGGCGAAGACGGACGACGCUCCUUGAUCAGCUCUCGUUGAUGGAACCAAACAACCUCCGUGACCUCAUCCAGGUCCGUGACGAUGACGACGCUUCCGGUGCUGGAAGCCACAGCGACGGCAUCGUAACCCUAGCGUCCAUCUUGGAGUCAGAGAAGCACGAGGGCAGGACGUUGCUGGACAUCAUCCAUGAGGAGGAUGAGGUGCGCGCUGUUACCCUUGAGCCUGGCGGGCCCAUCGCAACUCCGCCGGAUGUGGAAGAAGAGCAGGCGGUGAGAGUUUCUCUUAUGACGCUUCUGGCUCUGACGGACGUGGAAGGAGGAGAGGAUCCAGUUGAAAGCGCAUCCGGCAGCGAUGGCGGAGUUGCAGUUGUGGCCAUGGCUGAGGAGGAUGGAGGGGAGGAGGACCUGAAGACUGUAUCCGUGGCUGUUGGGGAUGAGCGGAUGGUGUGUUGCGUCUGCAUGGUACGGAGGAAAGGGGCGGCGUUCAUACCUUGCGGGCACACGUUUUGCAGGGUGUGCUCGCGGGAGCUCUGGACCUGCAGGGGCUCUUGCCCUCUCUGCAACGCCAUCAUCCUCGAUAUCCUUGACAUCUUUUGAUGUUUUUUACUAAAUUUUUUUGUUCUUACGUUCGUUGAAAUGAUGGUAAUUGUGGAAGAUAAAGCAGCCGCACGCAAAAAAUGAUUUUGCGUGUUUAAGUCUGUUACUCAAUUUUAAGCUUGCUAAUGGUGAAUAUGGUGAUUAAAUUCAUGCAAGUUGACUAAAGAAAUAUAAGAGAAAUGUUUCCCUAAUAGUAUAUUAUCUAUGCAGUUUGGCCUUUCCCUCAGGAGUUCAAUAUUUGAAUUAAAAUGUAAUAAAAGCAAAGAUUUCAAUGAUAUUAAAUAUGAAUUUAUUUAGUAGUUUGUGUCAAU